CACGUGAUGUUUGCCAGACCUAAUUCACGGGGCUGUAGUUAUCUACAACGAGAUCCGUGUGUGCAAGGGGUACAGGUGGGUUGAAUGUGUGUCAAUUCUUACACUGGCACAGCCAUGAGCGGGGCACUGACAAUUUCCCUGCUGCUUCUGGGGGCGUGUGGUGUGUCGGGUUAUGGAGAAUACCGGAAGCGCCUUCCGAAUGGCGAACGGGUCCCUCAUCCCUGUCGGGCCAACUUCUACUGGCAUGGCGUGGGUCACAUCAACGCUCUUGGUGGAGGAAACCGAAACGACUUUGGCAAAGACUUCGCUUCUCAAGGUCACAUGUGGACACAAGAAUUGUGCCGUUUAGAUUCUGAUGGUGACGGUAUGACCAACGGUCAAGAGCUUGGUGACCCGAACUGCGUGUGGACUGCAGACAGUGGUAACCUCCCGUCACGGACAACCGACAUUACUCACCCAGGUGUGUGUGACCCUUUUGACUCCCCUGCCUGUCAAGCGAAGAAUGCGUGGGUUUCGUGUAAAGGGUCAGAACUGGAGUGCGAUGCUCUCAACGCACCAGAUGUGAGGAACUUCACGAUCCGUUUCCCCGAAACCGACGUGCCCGCCGAGGACACCACCUACAUCUGCAUGAUCUUCGACGUCCCCUCUGACCAGGACUACCACUACAUUGGAAGCAAGCCUCUCAUCGACAACGACAACGUCAUGCAUCACGUCGUAGUCUACGGCUGCUCUGACACAUCAGAGGAACUACCAACGGAACCAUACAAAUGUGGCAUGGAUGCUGGAAAGGGAUGCACAGCAGCUCUCGGAAGCUGGACAGUUGGGUCUCCUGGAGAAUGCCUUAAUGAUAACUUUGGACUAGUUUUUGGAAAAUCAAAAUACACUCGGAUUGCUCUGGAGUUUCACUGGAACAACCCGAACGAAGUGUCAGGCUGGAAGGACAGUUCAGGAAUGACGAUCUUUUACACCCCCAACUUACGAAAGAAUAAUGGCUCACUCAUGUCACUCGGACAGAUGAACCUAGCAAUCCCCCCUGGACAAUCAGAGGUCACGUUCAGAGGAGAAUGUACAUCUGAAUGCACACGAAAACUUAUGACAGAGCCCAUCUAUGUCCCAAUGGCUGGGAAUCAUAUGCAUUAUUUAGGCAGAUCAGCGUCCGUAGAACUGAGGCGAAAUGGACAAAGGGUCCAAUAUCUUACCAAUGAACCUGAGUUCAACUAUGACAAUCCUCGCUACUUCAAAUAUGACGAUCCAGUUGAGAUUCUUCCUGGAGAUAGCUUAGUGACCACCUGCACUUACCAGUCGACGUAUAAGAAUAAAUGGGUAUUCUACGGCGAUGGAACAUCAGAUGAAAUGUGCUUUGGCUUCCUUUGGUACUACCCAGAACAUGCUCUGAAGCAUGGCGUGUGUGUGUCGUGGAAGAGCAUCAAUUUGUGUGUGGGUGAGAGCCUCAUUGAGGAGAACUGCAACGUCUGGGAAUUUUUAUUUGAAUCCGAUCCUGAGUCGAAGGCGCUCUCAAACGCCUUACGAGACAACUGUAAUCUCCUGGCCAAUAUAUGCUCUCCCGAAUGCAAGAUGGCGGCAAUGGACAUCCUGAAACACCCUUGCUUAAGUGGAGGCGAUAUCUCAGACUAUGUCAGAAAUCUCAUGCGACAAUCCAAACAAGGGCUGGAGUUCCUCGGCAUGAUGACAAUAUGUGAUGUGAAUAAGAAUGACUUUACCUAUCCCCACACUGGUGGCGCAGGAGCCCUUAUGGCCUCCCUGGCCUUGAUCUUCCUCGCGGUGAUCAUGGCUUAGAUUCAUAAGACACGUUGAGGUUUUAAUCCUUUCCAAACCUGUGACCUCGACAAAGUUUUUGCUUUUUUAUAAUUUAGUCUUUUUUAAAAUGUCAGCUUGCAUUUAAAGUCAGAUAUAGUACUAUUCUCGGUGUAUGGCAGUGUCAAUGAAAAUACCCCGGAAACAAAGUAUUCUUAUAUGUGCUCAAAGCAUAUCCCUGAGUGACGUGGAUGAGGCGCUAUAACAGUACUCUUAUUAUUAUUCAAGAUAUUCCGAAUAAUGGACACUUGCUGUUUGGAAAGUCUUAGUCAAGACCAACUAUUUCUUAUUAUACGUUUGGAUUGGCAGUUUUUGGAGGCGAAAAAAACUUCUGAAAUGCAUGAUGAUAUAUUUGAAAUGUAUGUACAUGUAAAUAUUAGCAAAUCAGUGUCUCACAUGAUGCUUUUAAGUUUAGUGAUUGUAAUCGAGGUUUAAAUCAACAAAGAUUCUAUUUUGCAUUAUAUUGAUAAUAAUUGUUUGAUCCAUCAUCAUUCCUAAUUCACUGUACAUGCAUACAAUAGAUGUAUCAAGCACUUAUACACAUCACACACACACACACAUAUAUAUAAAUAUAUAUAUUCAUAUAUUUGUGUGUGAACAUAAACAUACUGUUCAGUUACAAAAUGAGUGAACAGGGAAUCUUAGAUGUCAUAUCUACACAUAGUACUAUUUACACCUAUUCUGAUGUAUCCUUCUUUCUGUACUGUCGGUGACGUAACCUGGAGGUUAAGGCGUCGGUUUGUCUUGCUUCGAGUCUUACAUGGUUGUAAUAUUUGAAACUCGACUACCCCAAUCGCGCGCGCGCACGCGCGCGCACACACACACGCACACGCACACGCA